CAUGCGGGAAGCGCUGCGCGGCCGCUCGGGCAACCGGCCGGCUCCGGGCGGCGAGUCCCUCACCACCGUAUCCUCCAUGGAGUCGCCCGGCCCACCCUGGGUCCAUACCCGCGCCGCGCUGGCGCGGCUGGAGAGGGCGCUGAGCUGCUCCCGCUGCGCCGGCGUUUUGCGGGAGCCCGUGUCCCUGGGGCAGUGCGAGCACGUCUUUUGCCUAUCCUGCGUGGGUGACUGCGUUGGCACAGAGUGCCCGGUGUGCCACAUGCCAGCCUGGGUGCAAGACACGCAGAUAAACCGGCAGCUGGAGAACAUGAUUCAGCUUUGCAGCAAACUGCGGCACCUGCUGGGUGGGGACACCUCAGAUUCAACAGAAGAUACGUCCACACCAACAGACUCAGACUUUGGAAAAAAGAAUAAGAAGGAACAGAUAAAAAUGUGGUUCAGCCCAAGAAGUAGGAAGAUUCGAUGCGUCCUGAACAAGAAUCAGCCUGUGACUAAAAGUGAGGACCUUUGUGAAGAUACAUCUUCAAUUUAUGAUUUCUUUCCUUCCCCUCCUCAUAAAAAGCCCUCCAAGCCGCCAGAAAAGCCAGCACAGAGACAGAGUAAGAAGAUGAAGAAGAAACGUCUAGCAGACAUCAACAAAGUGUGGAGCUCGGAGAAGCCUGAGGAGAAAGGAGAAGUUGAGGAGAAGACUCCUAAGGAAAAGUGUGUGACCAUCUGCAGUCAACCAGUAAUCCUGUGCACUUCAGAACCAAAUAGCCCUGAAGAGACACUUCAGGAGUCUAUAAAGGAAGCGGUCUCCAGCAAAAAUACAGAAAAUGUGGAAAUGUCACCACAGGUAAAAUCCUCAGAGAAGAAAGGUAACAGUGAGGUUGUGUGUCCUGUGCAAGUCAGCAAGGCAAAACACUGUGCUACAGAGACAUCACCAUCAAUAGAAAAUGAAACUACACCUUUAAAACGUGGAAGGGAGCCAUCCCAACUUCCAGAUACUUCACAGUCUAAAAGACCAAGAAGAACUGAGGGAAGCAUUAUUGGGAAGUCAGGCAAGCAAGGAGAUUGCUUAGAGGAGCUACCUCAGGGUUGCUCCGUCUCCCCAGCAACUGAAAACAAGACACCAGUUCAAACUUCUUCCUCUGUAUCGAAACUCACUGACACCGUAAUGAAGACAAGAAGCUCUGCAGUCUUUCAAGCAACAGAUAGUCCUUCACUUGCAAAGUCUCCCUCUACCCCAUCUACUUCUAAGACUUGUAAUCGAGUAGGAAUGCCACACAGUCCUUCUGUGUUGAAGUCCCCUGGUGGUAACACUAUUGCCAGAAGAAAUUACAAAGGAGAGACUUUGCUCCAUGUUGCUUCCAUCAAGGGUGACUUAGCAGCUGUUGAAGAGCUGCUGAAAAAUGGGGCAGAUCCGAAUGUCAAAGAUAAUGCUGGCUGGACACCACUGCAUGAGGCAUGUAACCACGGGCACAAAGAAGUGGUGGAGCUGUUGCUACAAUACAAGGCCUUAGUGAAUACUACGGGGUAUCAGAACGACUCGCCGCUUCACGACGCUGCCAAGAAUGGGCAUGUGAGCAUUGUUGAGCUGCUGCUUUUGCAUGGUGCCUCCCGUGAUGCAGUUAAUAUAUUUGGUCUGAGGCCUGUGGACUAUGCAGAAAGUGAAAAGAUGAAGUCUGUGCUAAUGUUACCAGUGAAGAAUGAAUCAUUUUCAUUUAACCAACCCUGUGAGGCUCCGAGCCCAAGCCAGCAAAGAGAUGGACCUCUUGUUAUACUGGGGAGCAAUCUUACUUCGGAGCAACAGAAACUGCUGAUCAAACUGGCAACAGUUCUGAAGGCUCAAAGGUGUACUGAAUUUAACAGCAAAGUAACUCAUCUUGUUAUCCCUGAUGCUCCAAUGCCAAGAACUGUCAAAUGUAUGAUGGCUGUUCUGACUGGAUGUUGGGUCCUCAAGUUUGAAUGGGUACAAGCCUGUCUGCAAAGUACAGUACGAGAACAAGAAGAGAAGUAUGAAAUCCAAGGUGGCCCACAAAGAGGCCGGCUCAACAGAGAACAGCUGCUGCCAAAGUUGUUUGACGGAUGCUACUUCUAUUUUUUGGGAUCUUUCAAUCACCACCAGAAGAGUGAUCUUGUAGAGUUGGUGAAAGCAGCAGGAGGACAAAUUCUGGUUAGGCAGCCCAAACCAGACAGUGAUGUGACGCAGACGGUCAACACGGUGGCUUACCACGCGGAAUCCGCUUCUGACCAAAGGUUUUGCACUCAGUAUGUAAUCUAUGAUGGGUCUUCUAAAUUCAAGCCAGAGAAAAUUCGGCAGGGCAAAGUCUGGAUGGCCCCCUCCAGCUGGCUUGUAGACUGUGCCAUGUCUUUUCAGCUCCUGCCUGUAAAAUGAACAUCGGCGUCUCAAGAGCAAGGUUUUAAAACGUGGUGAAUCUUGAGCAGUUGGAACACUCUGGUCUGAAGAUAUGAUUUAUGUUUUGCACUUAGGAAUGCAGGAGAGCUUUGACCAUUUAAAUGAGGUACUAAGAUCACUGAUAGGCUGGACUAAAUGAACUUAUAAUGGAGGAGAGAGAUAAAUAUACUGCAUUGAAAAAUGUGCCUUAGGUUAUUUAGUGUGCUUUAUUUUUUGCGUUUAACUUAACUGUAAUAAUCACUGACAUUUUGUAACUAAAAUUUUGCAAAACAAAACCUUUUGCAUUCUUGAUGUAAACCAGCCCUUUCUGGGGGAUAGAGCGUGACCCCAUUUCUUUUGUGUUUAAUAUCCAUUGACAAGGAUCUAUUAUAUGUGUCAAGAUUUCCCAGCCAAGCCAGAAUUUGUAUUUUUUUAAAAAAAGGACUCUCUGGAUUUGAACAGAGUCAUUUGCCUCUAUAGACAUCUCUUCUGUCAGAUAACGUGGUGUUUCUUAUAACUUUUUACAACUGAAUUUUGCAGGAAAUUCUUGGCAUGGGAUAAGCCUUGUAGAAAUCAGAAUAGAACUGAUGGCAGCCUGAAUUCAUUUGAGAGUAGUCAAUUUUGAAAACGCUAUCUUUAAAAAUCUCGGUCUAAAAUGAAUUAUUUGUAGCAAGAGUAAUGCUUUAUUCACUUCUGUCUUUUCAUGCUUGUAAACAUGUAACUCGAAUUUGAUUCUAUUUUCUGAAGGUUUUUAAGCAUCAGGAUCCGUAUUAAAUUAUAAUAAUAUUUCUGUAAGUAUGGGUGAUUGCUAUCAUGGUUACUUCAACAAAAAAAAUAAUUUAAUGAUCUCAAAAGAAUUAUGCCUCACUUUGCACAAAUGUACUUAAACUUAGCUGGCUACAUUGGAGCUAUAUCUGAUUCUUUCAAAUUUGUUACAAUAUUUCUUAUAACUAAUCAUAAGUUAUUGUCAGAAUCUUACUUCCUCACUCUGUGUUCUCACGUAAUGUGUUGCAUCUUUUCUGUUGCCUUAGUUUGUGAAUUCCUAAUUUUAAAAUGGUGUCUCAUAAUAAUAUACAAUGAGAAUGAAGGUUGUGGGAUAAAACAAAGUGUCCUUGUGUUUGCUUUUAUAUUGGUUGUAAUAAUUAAACUUUUGGUGCCGGUAA